AUGUUACCUGAAGAAAAUGUCUUGCACACAUCACUCUAUGACGUGAAGAAGUUCUUGAAAUCAUUUGACAUGGGCUACGAGAAGAUCCAUGCUUGUGGCAACGACUGCUGCCUAUUCAGAAAGAGGUUCAAGAAGCUCGAUAAGUGUCCUAAAUGCAAGGCUUCAAGGUGGAAGACUAAUGUCCACACGGGUGAGACGAAGAAAGGCGUCCCACAGAAAGUUCUCCGUUACUUCCCUGUAAUACCAAGACUGAAGAGAAUGUUCCGGUCUGAAGAAAUGGCCAAGGAUUUGAGGUGGCACUUUACCAACAAAAGCAGCGAUGGAAAGCUGCGUCAUCCUGUUGAUUAUGUGACAUGGGAUCAUAUGAAUGCCAAAUACCCUACGUUUGCAGAUGAAGCAAGGAACCUAAGGCUGGGACUUUCAACAGAUGGAUUCAAUCCAUUCAACAUGAAGAACUCGAUGUACAGUUGCUGGCCUGUUCUGCUAGUUAACUACAACUUACCUCCAGACCUGUGCAUGAAGAAGGAGAACAUCAUGCUUUCUUUGCUGAUUCCUGCUCCACAUCAGCCUGGUAAUAGCAUAGACGUGUAUUUAGAACCCCUAAUCGACGAUCUUAACACUCUGUGGAGCAUUGGAGAGGUAACAUACGACGCACUUACUCGAUCAGCUUUUACACUAAAGGCGAUGCUGCUUUGGACAAUCAGCGAUUUUCCAGCUUAUGGGAAUCUAGCAGGCUGCAAAGUAAAGGGAAAAAUGGGAUGUCCGUUAUGUGGAAAAAAUACAGAGAGCAUGUGGUUGAAGUUCAGCAGAAAGCAUGUGUAUAUGGGUCAUAGAAAGGGUCUGCCACCAACUCACAGUUUUAGAGGAAAGAAGAAAUGGUUUGAUGGAAAAGUAGAACAAGGGAGAAGGGGAAGAAUACUUACUGGGCGUGAUAUUUCUCAAAAUCUGAGAAAUUUUCACAAUGAUUUUGGAAAUUUCAAACGGUCUGCCAGUAAGAGAAAAAUGAUGCAGGGUUCAAUUGAUUUAGGGUCUGAUAUUGAGGGUAUGUCGAGUGAAUCAGAUGAAGAGGAAGAAGUACUAGUAGAUGAGGAUGAGUUAUCUAGAUGGAAGAAGAGGUCAAUAUUCUUCAAGCUACCUUAUUGGGAGGAACUCCCGGUGAGGCACAACUUAGAUGUAAUGCAUGUGAAGAGAAAUGUUGCUGCAAGCUUAGUUUCAACGUUGUUGCACUGUGGGAAAUCUAAGGAUGGUCUUGCCGCUCGUAAGGAUCUGGAGGAGCUUGGUAUUAGGCCGGAUUUGCACCCUAGAGUGCAAGGAAAAAGAACCUAUCUCCAUCCAGCACCGUGGUCUUUGUCCAAGCAAGAAAAUAAGAUAUUUUGCAGGCGUCUAUUUGACUUCAAAGGGCCAGAUGGAUAUUGUUCUAACAUAUCAAGAGGUGUCUCGUUGGAUGACUGUAAAGUCUCUGGUCUGAAAUCACAUGACUACCAUGUUUUGAUGCAACAACUUCUGCCGAUUGCACUUAAAGGGUUGCUGCCAAAAGGACCGAGGCUUGCAAUUUUUAGAUUAUGCUCUCUCUUCAAUCUGUUGUGUCAGAGAGUGAUUGACAUGGAGAAGCUUCUGGUUGUGGAAGCUGAGAUUGUUGAGACUCUGUGCUUGUUUGAAAGAUACUUUCCUCCAAGUUUGUUUGAUAUCAUGCUUCAUUUGACUGUCCAUCUAGGAAGAGAAGCUCGGCUUGGUGGACCAGUCCACUUUAGAUGGAUGUACCCGUUUGAAAGGUACAUGAAAGUCCUCAAAGACUUUGUUAGAAAUUAUAAUGGAUGGUCUGACAAGAGCUUCAAUGAUUUGCUAGAGACCUUGCCAGACAUGUUACCUGAAGAAAAUGUCUUGCACACAUCACUCUAUGACGUGAAGAAGUUCUUGAAAUCAUUUGACAUGGGCUACGAGAAGAUCCAUGCUUGUGGCAACGACUGCUGCCUAUUCAGAAAGAGGUUCAAGAAGCUCGAUAAGUGUCCUAAAUGCAAGGCUUCAAGGUGGAAGACUAAUGUCCACACGGGUGAGACGAAGAAAGGCGUCCCACAGAAAGUUCUCCGUUACUUCCCUGUAAUACCAAGACUGAAGAGAAUGUUCCGGUCUGAAGAAAUGGCCAAGGAUUUGAGGUGGCACUUUACCAACAAAAGCAGCGAUGGAAAGCUGCGUCAUCCUGUUGAUUAUGUGACAUGGGAUCAUAUGAAUGCCAAAUACCCUACGUUUGCAGAUGAAGCAAGGAACCUAAGGCUGGGACUUUCAACAGAUGGAUUCAAUCCAUUCAACAUGAAGAACUCGAUGUACAGUUGCUGGCCUGUUCUGCUAGUUAACUACAACUUACCUCCAGACCUGUGCAUGAAGAAGGAGAACAUCAUGCUUUCUUUGCUGAUUCCUGGUCCACAUCAGCCUAGCAUUGGAGAGGUAACAUACGACGCUUUUACUCGAUCAGCUUUUACACUAAAGGCGAUGCUGCUUUGGACAAUCAGCGAUUUUCCAGCUUAUGGGAAUCUAGCAGGCUGCAAAGUAAAUGGAAAAAUGGGGUGUCCGUUAUGUGGAAAAAAUACAGAGAGCAUGUGGUUGAGGUUCAGCAAAAAGCAUGUGUAUAUGGGUCAUAGAAAGGGUCUGCCACCAACUCACAGUUUUAGAGGAAAGAAGAAAUGGUUUGAUGGAAAAGUAGAACAAGGGAGAAGGGGAAGAAUACUUACUGGGCGUGAUAUUUCUCAAAAUCUGAGAAAUUUUCACAAUGAUUUUGGAAAUUUCAAACGGUCUGCCAGUAAGAGAAAAAUGAUGCAGGGUUCAAUUGAUUUAGGGUCUGAUAUUGAGGGUAUGUCGAGUGAAUCAGAUGAAGAGGAAGAAGUACUAGUAGAUGAGGAUGAGUUAUCUAGAUGGAAGAAGAGGUCAAUAUUCUUCAAGCUACCUUAUUGGGAGAGAGUGAUUGACAUGGAGAAGCUUCUGGUUAUGGAAGCUGAGAUUGUUGAGACUCUUAGCUUGUUUGAAAGAUACUUUCCUCCAUGUUUGUUUGAUAUCAUGCUUCAUUUGACUGUCCAUCUAGGAAGAGAAGCUCGGCUUGGUGGACCAGUCCACUUUAGAUGGAUGUACCCGUUUGAAAGGUACAUGAAAGUCCUCAAAGACUUUGUUAGAAAUCCUGCAAGACCAGAGGGCUGCAUAGCUGAGUGCUACCUUGCUGAGGAAUGUAUCCGGUUUUGCAGUGAGUUCCUGAAGAAAACAACAAAUGUUCAAGAGAAACAGGAUAGAAACACAGAGUAUGAGAACAAUUCUAUCUUAGAGGGUCGUCCAAUAACCACUGCUACUUCAGUAACUCUCACUGAAACGGAAAAGAGGAUUGCUCAUCUUGCUAUCAUCCAAAACAUGGCUCUGGUCGAACCUUAUGUAGAUGAGCAUCUACAAUAUUUACAAGACACAGAUGGAAGGUGUAGGCGAGAUGCAUCAACGUUAUGGAGUAUGCAUACUAAGAAUUUUGCUUCCUGGCUAAAAGAGAAGGUGCCUCUUGAUUCUGCAGAACAUGACGACACACUUAAGUGGAUAGCUUAUGGUCCACGUUGUUCUGCGAGAUCAUAUACAGGAUUCAUUGUUAAUGGGCAGAGGUUUCACACAGUGUCAGUUGAUAGGAAAAGUCAGAAUAGUGGGGUCUAUUAUGAGGCUACAGCAGUGUGUAGAGCUAGUGCAAAAGAUACAUCACAGGUGGUAGAUUUAGUAUCUUACUACGGCAGGGUGACAGGCAUCAUUUUGAUCGACUACAAUGUCUUCUAUGUUCCUCUGUUCCGAUGUCAAUGGGCAGUUAAGGGUAAUGGAGUAAAGAUCGAAGAUGGUUUUACAGUUGUGAACAUGAAUCAAAGUCAAGCCUCCUUUAAAAGUGACCCUUACAUUCUAGCAUCUCAAGCGAAGCAAGUGUUUUACUCCAGAGAAGAUGAGUCAUCAACCUGGUAUAUCGUCAUGAAAGGUCCUUCUAGAAGAUACAGUAAGGAAGAUAUUCAAGAGGGAAAUGCAGAUAUUGGGCCAUUACCGUCGAAUGUUGACUUGGAUGUUUACAUUGAUGAUGCUGAGAAUGUCAGAACUGAUUGUGAAGGGAUAUAUGUGUGA